AAAAGAAGAAAUUUAUGAAACCCAGUUGAAGCAAGCAAAGGGCAACAUCAUUACUACUCAAUUCAUUUGAAUGAAAAGAUGUUUGGUAAUACUUUAAAAACAACACCAACCCACAACCCUUUUCCAAAUUUUCAGCUGACUUCUGACCAUUUUUUUCCUCAGCUGUAAAGAGCAAACAAUCUAAAAAACAAAGACUUUGCACCUUUUGAAAUGCCUUUAAAACUACCACCUUCAUUGUUCGCUAAGCAAUCUUUUGUACAUAUAUAUAGAAGGGCAUGUAACACAUGGACUAUGGCCUUUCCAUUUGUGAGGCAAUGGAGAGUGAGAGCAUUUCUCAUAAACACUAUUAUGAUAUCUCCAUGUCAAAGAGAACAAGAAAGCCAGCCAAAAUUCAGGAUGAGCUUCAAAAUCUCACACCGAAUAAUGAAGAUCUUAAUGUCGAUAAUAGAGAUCAAUUUGGGAGUCCUACAACAAAAGGGUUCGAGAACAAUGAACAUAAAAGCUUGAAGCAACUCAUGAAUGAAGAAGAGAAAGCAGAGACGAGGUUAGGAGAAGACGAGGGCAGCCGAGGAAGGAACUCACUUGGCCAACACUUUAGUAAAGAAGAGAUGAACAAAAAUCUUCAAAUUGUGAAGAAACAACAUCGAGAUGGACUACAAGGAGUGAAGCUGAAAAAAGUGGUCGGAAAUUUUUUGAGAAGUUUGAUAAAAGGUGGCGAUAAACACCAGCUGAAGAAGCCAACAAAAAAAUCAUUUCUAUAAUUCACAAUGAAGAGAAAAAUGUUCAUUACAACUUCAUCAACAACAUCGAGAUGAACUACAAGAUAUGUUUUAACCCAU